AUGGCUAGUAACAACGCUGGCGCCGGUCAUAGCCAGUCGGGGUCAGAACCUCAUUGGCUCCGCAGCUUCAACAACACAGAAGCAAGUUCUGAUGCUGGCAACGACCAACAGCCCGAGAGUGGACCGCUUGAGGAUGAUGCCGCCCCUCCAUCAGAUGACCAUGAGGGUCGUGACAUACACCAAGAUACAACAGGCUCACAAAUUGAACCAGAGGACGGUUCGAUUGACCCUGAUGGCGGUCAUGACAACCAAUGGGAAGAGGAAUCAAACGAGUCCGACGCUGGCCAACAGGGACAAGUGGAGGAAGAGGAUCACUGGCGAUGGAGCUUCGACCCAGAUGGUCGACCGAAACCAGGCACCGCAGCUAAUGAUGGCGCGCAGAUGAUUGACAACAACGCCUUGCGUCCGGCAUAUGACUUCCUUGGAGGAAUGGAAGAGAGGCUUGUUGAGGGAAUGGGAGAGGUGCUUGCUGAGGCACCAGGCCAGUACCUCAACGUUGGUAGACCCACCAAUGCUGGAAUGAGGGAGUACGAGUUGAAUGCCACUGGCAUGAACGAGGAUGACUGGGCUGAGGCUGACGCAGGUGCUGACCUGAAUGAGGAUUACUUCGACGAUGCCGUUGAGGAGGAUGUUGAGGAAGAAGUCGAGGAAGAGGCCGAGGAGGCCGUUGAGGACAAUGUUGAAGAAGAAGUGGAGAAAGAGGUCGAGGAGGACGUUGAGGACGACAGACAGGCCACUGGUGAGGUGGAGCGCUUGGGCCCCCGGGAGCGAUGCCCAGGGCUGAGGAGGUCGGAUCCUCACGCACACCUGCCACAAGACGAUCCUAUCCCACCACAAGCACGGUCCAUUGGCGAAGGAGAUGACGCCGGACGUAACCUGCUCGCAGUUUUUGGCAACGACGACGACCCGCGGACCAGAUACCGGUUGCAAAUCGAGAGGGCACGGGGCAGAGGCAAUAGUGCUGCCUUCCACAAUUACCCAGAGUCAAAAACAAUCUUGCCGGCCAGGCUGACGCUGGACGAAAUCUGCGCGCAAUAUCCCAACCACGCUUGGGGCUCCGCCUUGCGAAUGUUCGAGGCCGAGGGCUGGGACGGCCGUCGUAUCUGGGAGGCACUCCCACGGGAUGCUCGGCACGAAAGUGCUCGAGAAAGACCUUGGAAUUACAUCCAACGGAUCUUCACCCGGGAGCGGGAAAACGUCUUUUUUGAGCGAACUGGGACCCGGUGGCAGGAUCACAGAGGCCCACAGCAGCCUCGACGGAGACCAGCUGCGCCAUCGACGGCAGCACCUCCACCACAGCCGCCAGCUCCAGCUCCACUGCCCGUGCCACGAAAUCAGAUCGAGCGACUUGAGCAAUUCGCCGGGUUCGAGAGACAGCGCGCUUUACAGGUCGUCCAGCAGCUUUAUGAGGUCAUGGGAACGCCUCAUCCGCAGCAAGACGCCCGUAUAUUCUUGACCAUGCAACACAACUUAUUUCUGGGACAGAUCAACCAGAUGCUUGGUGUACCCCAGCCUGGGCAAGAAUCGUCGUUUGAGAUUAUCGUCGACGCGUUACAGACCAUUUGGUGCCAGCAAAACAGAUGGGUGGCCCCAGAGAACUUUGCGCAAUGGCAACAGAGAGGAAGAGAAGCAGGUCUGCACAUGUACUUGACGCAUUUGCAGCGCUGGAUUCAGAGAGCGGAGCAGGAGCUCAUUCAGGCCCGCGGUGGGAACGGACAGGCUGGUGGUCAGCCGUAG